AUGGCACUUUCGAUCCGACUACUCAUAACUUCAUCAAUAUUGAUAUCGCAGAUUGGUUGGACAGAUUACGCUUUGGAGAACUUUUGUCCAGUAGAAAAUCCAAUGUCGUUUCAACAAAAACGACAUAUCCUACGUGAUCACAACUUCUAUCGAAGCCAUAUAGCUCAAGGAGUUGGUAUUCAUCCGGAACCAAACAAGUUACCAGGCGGUUCGAAUAUUUAUAGAUUGAAGUGGAAUUGCCGUUUGGAAAGACUGGCUUCUGCAGCGGUUCGUGGCUGUCUACCUGAACCAACUGCAAAUCAACUUUACGGACAGAAUUAUGCGUUCCUUAAAGACUUGAGCAGCGCUGGGUUUGAAAGUCUAUUUGACACAGCAAGGGACACUUGGAUUUCAUCAUGGUGUAUUGAUUCCACAGUCAUCAACAACAAUGCCGUUGUUUUCAAUGGAAAAGCACAAGCGCAAUCGUUUGCAAAUAUAAUCCGCGGCAAUACGACAAGCGUUGGAUGCUCGCAAAAGCAAUGUGGCCAGUUCAUGGCUGUAGCCUGCCUUUAUAAUUCUGCGAAUAUCGAAAAUGGGACUACAAUCUAUGAACUCGGAGAGCAAUGCAAGAAUGACAGCGACUGUAGUGCGCACGAAAACUCAAAUUGCGACGAGCAGGGACUUUGUGUAGUGCAGCAGGAAUCCCAAGAAGUUGAAGAUGGAUAUAGCUUUUACUCUGGCAACAAGCACUCUAGCAGAAGAUUGAUCAGGAUAACAUCAGAGAAGAGAAUUGUGAAAAAAUUAAAUGAGUUGAAAAGCAAUAAGAUGUGCUCGGUAAACACAACAAUGGCAGACGAACUCCGUUCCAUGGUGCUGAGGCUACAUAAUUACCGCAGAUCAUCGCUUGCAAAAGGUCUGGUGAAAAGGAUACAUGGCAAUCCGCUACCGUCAGCUACAAAUAUCAUGAAAUUAAAAUAUAAUUGUGCAUUGGAAGAGCUUGCGCAUACUCGCGCAGCACAAUGCCUUCUCACUGGAAAUUACAGUGAGGAAGAAAAUGGAGAGAAUACUGCUUCAAUCCAUCAGGAAGAUGCAGUCACAUUCGCUGGAGCAAUCCGUUGGGUAACUUGA